AUGUCGGGGUCCCGCUGCCAGACCCUGUACCCCUUCUCCGGGGAGCGGCACCGGCAGGGGCUGCGUUUCGCCGCGGGGGAGCUGAUCACGGUGCUGCAGGUGCCGGACGGCGGCUGGUGGGAAGGGCAGAAAGAGGACGGGCUGCGCGGGUGGUUCCCGGCCAGCUACGUGCAGCUGCUGGAGCAGAAACCCAGAAAGGCAACUCCUCAGACGGGAGAAGAUACCAUGAAUGGCCAUCUUCCCCCUGGCUGGCAGAGCUACAUGUCUCCCCAGGGCCGAAGGUACUAUGUGAACACCUUCACAAAUGAAACGACCUGGGAGCGGCCAAGCAGUGUCCCUGGGACUCCAAAGAGCCCUGUGUCACAGAAGAGUUCUGCAGUGAAUGGCUACCACAUCUCUGGGACUCCAGUCCACCAGCUCGACUCCAGCCACAUGAGCCUCCGAAAAGCAAGUGGGGACCCUCAGCCCCCCGGGUCCCCGCUGGCGCCGCGGCGGCAGAGCAAGGAGAGCAGCCUGACGAUAAACUGUGUAACUUUCCCCCACCCUGACGUAAUGCCAGAGCAGCAGUUGCUGAAACCUUCGGAGUGGAGCUACUGUGAUUAUUUCUGGGCUGAUAAGAAGGAUUCACAAGGGAACAAUACAGUGACGGGGUUUGAAAUUCUUCUUCAAAAGCAACUUAAAGGGAAACAAAUGCAGAAAGAAAUGGCGGAGUUUGUUCGAGAGAGGAUAAAGAUUGAGGAGGAAUAUGCUAAGAACCUGUCCAAGCUGUCUCAGAAUUCCUUGGCUGCUCAGGAAGAAGGCACACUAGGAGAGGCUUGGGCUCAACUAAAGAAGAGUCUAGCUGAUGAAGCAGAGGUUCAUCUCAAAUUUUCUUCUAAGCUUCAGAGUGAGGUAGAGAAACCCCUACUCAACUUCAGAGAGAACUUCAAGAAAGACAUGAAGAAGUGUGACCACCACAUCGCUGACCUACGGAAGCAUUUGGCCAGUCGCUACGCAGCAGUUGAGAAGGCCCGGAAAGCCUUGACAGAGAGACAGAAGGAUCUGGAAAUGAAAACACAGCAGCUAGAGGUGAAGCUCAGCAACAAGACAGAAGAGGAGAUAAAGAAGGCGAGACGGAAGUCCACGCAGGCAGGAGAUGACCUGAUGCGCUGCGUGGAUCUUUACAAUCAAGCCCAGUCCAAGUGGUUUGAAGAAAUGGUGACCACCACUCUGGAGCUUGAGAGGUUAGAGGUUGAGAGGGUCGAGAUGAUCCGGCAGCACCUUUGCCAGUACACCCAGCUGAGGCACGAGACAGACAUGUUCAACCAAAGUACAGUAGAGCUCGUGGAUCAGUUGCUUCGGAAAGUGGAUCCUGCCAAAGACAGGGAACUGUGGGUAAAAGAACACAAAACUGGAGAUAUCCGACCUGUGGACAUGGAAAUAUAGACUGAUCUAUAGUUGUAUGUGAUGAGUCCACUGACUUAACCAGGCUAAUGUUUGUUUUUUAAGGGUCAGAAGAGUACAGGGAAAAGGUUGUUCCACUGCCAGACACCUUGUAAUUUAUGCCUGUACAGGCUAUCUCUGUUACAUUUAGUCCUCGUUGUGCUAAGCCUUAAGCACCAGACAUUCCAGGGUGAAGAAACCAGAUGUGUGCUUCCCACCAGAGGUUCCCAAUUGCACGCAGCUUCCAGAAGAAACCUGCUUUCUGGUACAGAGAGAGCUCUGUUCUUCAGUGACUUUGUGCUACAUCCCUUGCAUGACUAUCUUUAUACACUAUGUUAGAACAACCAUGCAGUGAGCCUCUGGCCAGCAAGUAGAUAACAGUUUGAACAUGAUGCAGGAGGCAAGGAAGUCCUGAUCAUGAAUCCCAGGUCUGUCACUGACUGCUUUCAUGGCCACAGGCAAGUCAAUUAACUUUCCUGGCUCCCCCAUCUAUAAAACAUGCUUAUCUCUCAGCAGUGUUCUACAGACACAUUUAUUUCACAACACAGUUCUCCCAAAAUCUAUGGGGAAGACCCCUGUUCUUCCUGUUUUAUACUCCCUCUCAGGGAUACAUAAACCCAUUAUCAUCAAGAUUUCUGUUCUAGGCCAAUCAAUAGGGUUGAAGGUGUUACCAUCACCGUUGUUUAUCAGGAAAGACUUGGUUGUGCUUCUACCUACCUCAUGAGCUGUCUGAGUGCCCUCAAUGACAGAAAGAGGUUAUAGAAAUAAAUGAUACGUUCAAAACCUUUCCUGCUUAUGCAAGAUGUUUUCUCACAGAAUCCCCUUAAAGACAGUCUGCUAAUGUUUUGUUUGAGAUCCAGGUUUAUUGUCUUAUGUUGGUUCCUUCAGGUGAAUAUCACAGCCUUUAGAUAUCUUUAAUUACCCAGUUUGUUGGGCUGAAUUGUGGGGUUUAUCUUUUUAGAGCCUGAUGUUCAAAGGUGCCACGAAUCUGUGAUGCUACAUUUCAUUAAAUGUAGAUGUGGGUGCCCAGCACUUUGUCACCAUCAGGUUCUUCUCCUUUGCUUUUUCUUUUGUUGCCAUUACCACAAACUACCAAAAAUUCAGCACUGCUCUUGACACACAGUGUUAUAUGGUUUGGAGACCGGUUUUGAAAAGGUAUUCAUUUCCUUCUCCUGCUAUUAUUUCUGAUUGAUUAUGCAGUGUUACUGUUAGUAUAUUUUUCAGCAUUUCAUACUGUGCCAAGAUUUCUUUAGAUCCAGCAGAAACCUUGAUUCUCACCACUGUGGCCUUUUUCUCAGUGUUUACUGUGUUGUUAUCUAAAGAUUCCCAAACCAUAUUAUUUCAUUUGAUCCACAGUUUUACUCCACUUUGUUACUAUUCUUUUUUCCUCAGCAUCAACAUUGCAUCCUUCUUUUGUUCUACUGCUAUUCUAGGUUUUUGUUCACCUGCCUCAAAAUGCUGUAAUUAGAUCACUGAGAGUAUUCAUAGAAUCAUAGAAUUAGUUUUCAUUAGAAGAGACCUUUAAGAUCAUCAGGACCAACCAUUAAGCCAGCACUGCCAAGGCCACCAGUAACCCCUGUCCUCAGCUCCACAUCCAGGGAUGGGGACUCUAGCACCUCCCUGGGCAGCCUAUGCCAGGGCUGACAAUCCUUUUGGUGAAGAAAUUAUUCCCAAUAUUCAGUCUAAACCUCCCCUGGCACAACUUGAGGCCAUUCCCUCUUGUUCUAUCACUUGUUCCUUGGGAGAAAAGACCAACCCUCCCAGCUUCAACCUUCUCUCAGGCAGUUGCAGAGCCAGCAGGUCUCCCCUCACCUCCUCGUCUCUAGGCUGGACACCCCCAGCUCCCUCAGCUGCUCCUCCUCAGACUUGUGCUCCAGCCCCUUCCACAGCUCCCUUGCCCUUCUCUGAACACUCUCCAGCCCCUCCAUGUCCUUCUUGUCCUGAGGGGCCCAGAACUGACCCCAGGAUUCCAGGUGCCCCUUCCCCAGGGCCAGCACAGGGGGACAAUCCCUGCACUGCUCCUGCUGGCCACACCAGUGUUGGUACAAGCCAGGAUGCUGGUGGUCUUCUUGGCCACCUGGGCACACCCUGGCUCAUAUUCAGCCACUGUCAAUCAACAUCCCCAGGUCCUUUUCCUCUGGGCACUUUCCAGCCCCUCUUCCCCAAGCCUGGAGCGUUGCCUGGGGUUGUUGUGACCCAGGUGCAGGACCCAGACUUGGCCUUGUUGAACCUCAGCCCAUCCAUCCAGCCUGUCCAGAUCCUCUGCAGAGCCUCCUACCCUCGGGCAGAUCAACACUCCCCCCAGUUUGGUGUAGUCUGCAAACUUACUGAGGGUGCUGUCAAUCCCCUCAUCCAGAUCAUUGGUAAUUCCCCUUAACAAAUACAAGCUGACACACACAGACGUCUUCUCUGAAAUGCAUUUUUAAUAUGGCUGCAGUGAUUAUUUUUCUGGUUUGUCAUUUCAAACCGAAUUCUGUUGCAUUUUCCUAUUCCCUUUUUCUCAGCCAUCUCUACCAGUUUAGAUUCAUUUCUGUCUUGCAGAUGCCUCCACGACCCACUUGUCUAUUGCAACAUCAACCUUUAUAACCCUUUGUGUGUUGGCAUGUGCUGUGGCACAACCACUGCAUGCACAGCAUCACUGUCCUGGUGUGACACCUCCUGUGCUGCUCUUCCACUUCACACAUCUGACUUUGUGACUACUCUUUUAUUUCCAGUGCUCAAGCAUCCAGCACACUCUUGUGGGGCCUCUCUUCAGUUCCCAGAAAAGCCACUGCAAUACAAAUGGAACAUGGUUUGCCUAAGCCUCAUGUAGCUCUGGGUAGACAAGCUUCUCCAGACUUCUCUGCUGCUGCUCAAGCAGGGAAAUUUCAUUAUGAUCUCUCUUUUUCAGUCUUCUAUUGAUUCAUUCUCUGUCCUGUUUCUUUUUUAUUUUGCAUACCUGUGUUUAUUUUCCUAUUUCUACCAUGCACUUUGGAGCAUAUUUGUGAACAGGCAUUUAAUUUUUCUAUGUUUUUUUUCUUUAAACCACAGGUACAGGGUGAGAUUUCAAAACUUCAGUGGCCAAAAAUAACUGGAGUACUUAAGAGCUGCAUGGCAGGUCAAUCUCUGUAAUCUAAAUUAAAAUGUAAAUUGUAAAUUAAAAUGAGCAAUCUUGAUGACACCUCACCCCAUUCUUGUUUCCCUUGCAAAACCAUGCUACUUGUGCACUUUAUACAGUACUCUCCUUAGAAAAUAAUCUGUUCAAAUUGCACUUUCUUUUUCUUUAAAGGUGUUCAUCAUUUUAUCUUAUUUUGGACAGGAAAUAAUGUCUAUUAGCGCAGGUUUCUCUGAGGACUGAAAUAUAUUUUGGCUCCUCUACUAAGGUGUAUUUAAGAUGUUCUCAAUUCUUAGUUGCAUUUUCUGAUAAGUACCCCCCUCCCUUUUUUCUUUCCCCAGACAGUUUUCCUACUACUAGUUUAUCAUCCAUUUGAAAUGUUGCAGGAAUGUGUGAACUGCACAGAGCAAUAAUUCUCCUGGCAUGGAGUCUGUAUCUCUUUUUUAUUUCAGUAAUCUGAGGAGAGCACUUUUGGAGCUGGGUUGUUUGUCUUACCAGGCCCAGCAAACUCUUGUGUGGGGCUGCUCUGCAAUGGGUGAGAUGCUUCCUCCACAACUAGAGAAGUUUUGCUGUUGCUUGUAGACAGUUUCCAGUUGAUUUCCUGCAAAAGAUGAUAGUCCUUGUGAUACAGCACUGCAGACACUGGGAUCAGUGUUCCUGGCUCAGUCACUUUCCUGCCUGAUGAAUCCUGGACAGUGUGAUGCCUUUAAGGUCAGGGAAUGCUGGAGCUCUUCUGCUUCUGAAUAGACAGUAUCUUCAAAGGAGGAAGUGGCACGUUUUUAAAAUGGGGGGGUUGAUACCUGGCCUUGUAUUCUUUCCCAACAAGGUAACUUCAGGAGUUUCACCAUUGCUCUGUUCACCUUUCAUUGAGUUGCAGAAAUGCUUCUGAACCCAGAUUUUCCUCAUAAGUAUCUUCAGAGCCAAGAUAAAGCUUUGCUUUGUUAAAAUGUGAAAACAAUGAUCAUGUUGCAAUGAAACUGAUUCAUAGGAAUAGCAAAGUCUCUUGCCUCCAUAGGUACUGAGCUUAAGGGUCACCUCCUUUGAUCUGGCAGGUGGGCUCACAUACUUGAUGGAAGUUUUUAGUAUUUUAGUCACUACAGGUAGCAGUCUUGUUGAGCAACAAGGCUGUCUUACAUCUUCAUACAGCUCUGUGGUUACAGAGCAGAAGGUGAGUUUCCAUUAGUGCUGUUGCUUUCACCUCAAGAGAUACAAUUAGUGGGGAUUUGCCUCUGGUUCUUGCCUGGUAGCUCUGCUUGCCCAGGUCUUUCUUGAAGCUGCCUGUAUUUCAGGAGUCUGCUGCUCCUGCAGAGCUCCCUCUGUCCAAGUGAUGCUGUCACAUACUCAUGCUGUGCUGUCCUGUGGCUCCCUGGUGAUCUCUGCUUCAGCCAGACUUUUGGCCCUUGUCUGAGCUAAAUGGCUUCAUGAUUUCCCACAGCUUUGAAUCUGUUGGGUGUCCUGACUCCAGUGCUAGAGCUGGAGAGGUGCUUACCACCUGUAACCUCAGCUGCCCUACAGAAUUAGAGGAUUUUCUUCAUCAUCCAUACUAGUACACCUCUGUCUUCAAGCCAUCUCCUGGCACAGUAUACUCAACAGAGAGUCCUUGUUGGUUGGAAGUCUUCCUCUAAGGUCUUCUUUCCUAACAGAACUCAUUCUGGAUCCAGUGCUGUUGGCUGAUUCCUGUUGGAGUGAAUGAGCUGAAGGCAAUGAGUCCUUUACCACAUGGGCCAAGUGAAUCUUCUCCCAUUACUAGUAAGAUCCCUGUUGCUUUCAUAGAGCAACAUCCAAAAAGGCUUAAUUCUCAGAUUUCCGAACUGCUUCAGAUUUACUCAAAUCUGUAACUCACGUCUGUUCAUCACAUCAGUUGUUCCCUUAUGUGAAUGUUGUUUCAUUAUUUGACUCUGGGAUCUUUAGAGAAAGGUUUAAUUUAUUUUUUUAAAAAUGUUAAAAUACUGUACCAACAGUGGAAGUCAGAUAGAAAUCCCUGGUAUGUUUCUGGAAUGCUUUUCCCUCUCUGCAGCCCUGUCUGAGCUGCUGUGGGGUCACUGUGCUCCCCCUCGUGUUGCAGUUACAGUAAACACUGAAGUUGUUCUUCCUUUCAUGCAAACUUGGACUCUGGUUAAUGCAUCUGAGCAGUUUUGUGUUGCAGAAUUAGCUGCAUUUAUUGAACUGACAGCCCCAUGCUGUAAGUCAGUGUGUAUAGCUGUCAUGUGGUAGUGAACUGCACUCAGAUUGCCCCUUUUUUUUUUCUUGAUGUUUUGUUUUUUCUAACAGGAUUUUUCUCUAAAGCAUUCACAGGAAACUCACAUUCUCAGUAGCAGUCAUAAUUUCUCAGACCUUCUCAGAACCUCUUUACAUUUGUCCUUGCUUUUAAUGUCAUAAUUUAAAUAUUUGCUCCAAGAUGGACUCUUUAUGUAGAAACGUGCACUGUUGUUUUCACCUGAUCUUUGGAAGUGCUUGGCCCUCAGAGAUUCUUGGGACACAACAGGGAUCAUGUAGGUGGUAAGAGACCUUCAAAAUCAAGCUAACAAAUGCACAAGCCUCUUUUUUUCUGUAGUCAUUGAGUAUAAGGUAAAGAUUAAGAAAUGAGAACCUCAUAUUCUUAAUGUAUAGGACCUUACUGCUAGACAUGCAGUUCCCAGCAGCUGCACGAGUGACCCAGUGUCAGGCUGUGGUAGGAGUGCAGCUCUGGAGCACGGGCCUCCAGCUCACCCUCUGAUGCAGCUGUAAAGUCCAAAAUUAAGUGAAAAAGUAGCUCUGCCCAUCUAUUUCUUCAGUCACACACAGGGAGAAGAGCACUGCUUUCCUAGGUGGGUCCUUCACUAUCAAGCACCUUAAGAAAUCCAGACCAGCACCUUGAAGGUCCCCCUGGAAUGAGUAGAUGUGACUUCUUGGUGUGAUCAGUUGAUUGUUUCCUUCUGAUUUGAAAGCCCAUUUGCUAUUUGAUAGUAGUUAGUGUGCUCUUCUGCACUCGUGCAGCCUGCAGGGGCUGUGCUCCCAGGGGUGGCACUCAGAGUCUGCUGUCCUGGAAGCAGUCCUGGUCACCCUUACAUUUCUAUUUUGUGAAAACUAGAUCUUCAAAAGACUGUCCAAAAAAAUUUCAAAAUAAUGAGUUUUCCUGAUUGUAGAGCUUUCUGGAAAGUUUGUAGGCCUUUGGCUACCCAGCAUGUGUUGAAAUACGAGGAUGAGGUCCCAGAGGUUGCUGAGGUGUUGCUGGGAAGGGCUCUCACGUUCCUCCUGUGCUCUCACAGUGGUUGGGAAGGGCUGAUGAGCGUCCUUGGCACAGCAGAGAUGUCUGACAUUUUACCAGAGGAGCCUGCUGGGCACAUUUCACUUACCCAGGUGGGCAGUAGUCACAGGCAGAUUCACAUUAAAAGCAGACACAUGGGGCAGGAAGAUACUUAGCUACCCCAGUGGCACUUUUGCUUCUCAACAGGAGACACUCAUCUCCCUCAGACCAUGAUGUGUCCAGUAAAGGGCUCAUCACUCUCCAAAUUUUGCUUAGCACACAAAAAUCAUUCUGAAACAUUCCCUUGUAUCUACUGAUACAGGGCUUUCCAACCAGCACCUGGUUGUGCCAGCAGGACACUGACAUGUGGCAGCACCAGGUGAAAGCAGAAUGGUUUUGGCCUUGGGCAGCACUGUGGUGUUCUGCAUCCUUGGACUGAACUGAGCUUGGAGCACCCAACCUUUCUGUUGCAUGAUGGUGAUGAAGCCUGUCCUGUCAGCACCUCCUUGGCUUUUUUUCUGAGAAGCACUAUUACAUAAAUAAUUGUCAUUGCUUUGUCUUAGAGUAGGUCUUUUUCAUAGACACGUACAUCUUUCAAUUCUUACUUGUUCCUCUUCACUCUCGGUGCAGCCAGCCCUCCCUCUCUGAGAUACACCUGUUUGCAGGAUCUUUAAUUCUGAAUUUUCAUGAAAGGAUUCUGUUGCUUUCAUGUGUUGACCAAACUUCAUGCUUUUGGAUAUUUUCUGAGAGUUGGGAAGUGCGUGCUUUUUGAAGGGGUUAUUUUUGGUUUCAUUUUGGAUAUUUUUUUUAUCAGCCACCAGCUUUGGAAAUGUAAUAACUCCUUUUUUUUUUUGUGCUAAUCACUUUUUUUUUUUUUUUUCAUUCUGGGACAUUUUUUCUGAAGGGACCAACACAGAGCACAAUUUAACUUUAAUUUCCAAUCCCAUACAUUCCUCAAGGCAGAAACCUCCCAUGAUUAAUGAUGCACCUGAUUCUAAGAAUUGUACAUGGAUAAAACUUUUCAUAGACUAAUAAAAAAUGAGUUUUGGGUUGACCACUUAAUUAUUACAGAAAGAAAGAAAUGCCCUCAACAAUAAGUUGAACUAUUUCAGGUGUGCUGUAAGAGACAAACUCAGUGGAUAUUCAGAACAAAAAGCUUUUCAGCUGCUAUAUUCAGGUUCAGUGAGUGGACAAGACUAUAUUUUUGAAUAUGUGCAGUCUUUCAGGGCUACUGAUUUAACAAGUAACUGAGUAAUGGCUGGUAUCACAACCCUACUAAAACCCUGCUAGCAGUUCCCCUUGAAGUGCCUCUUUAAAUUGUAUCUGCUACAAGCAUGUAAAAUGCACAGGUUCACCCUACAGAUUUCCAAAAACUGCACUGAUCUGUGCAGGAUUCUCAGCCCUCCUUCCUUGCUCUGCCCUGUGAACUCUUUUAGGACAUCCCCAUCUCCAGCAGACCUGCCUUUGUCUCACUGACCACGUGCCAUCCAGCACAGCCAUCCUAAAUUCUCAAUGCUGAAAAUGGAGUAGGAAAUGUAAGACUUAGAAGCAACUGUAUGAAUGAAGUGUUGCUCACCUAAUCGUCUGACAGAUCCUUCAGUACAGGGGUCUCAGUAGAAUAAUUCUGCAUAAAAAUAGGUGGGUAAGUGGUAUUUGGGGCCUACGUAGGCCUGUGUUGUGUAAAACUACAGACUGGAGUCUUUUUUUUAAAAGCAGUUCCUGAGAAGUAAUUUCUGGGACUGGAAGUCUAAAGCUGAAUAGUGAUUUCUGGGAUCUCGCAUCUGGAUGACAUGGCAAUCUUAGUCAUUUGAAUUUGAGAACUUUUGACCUGAAAUCCCUUGUUCUUCUGGAUUUAUUUUUUUUUUUUAAUGUGAUGACUGAGAUUUUCAGAAGAGCUGAAAGAAUUUGGGUGUCCAUUUAAUACUCUUUAACUCCAACAGGUCAAAAGCACUCUUUAGGAACAGCAACCUUGAUCUAAUAAGAAAAAAAGCAGGUCCUGGUAUUGGACGAGUGUUUUUUUUUCCACCUCCUUUCUUUCAGCAGCCCAAGACAGUGUGAAAAAUCCACUAAGCAGGGAUUCACAGGUGGGCCAGGUCACCAGUCAAAACACUAGAACAGAGUUUUCUACUAGAAGUUGCUUCUUAUUAUUGUGUAACUUUUGCUAAGUACUUCUAAAUUUCUAGGAAAGUUGUCUUUUGCCAGUACUAAUGACUUAUUUUUAAAGAUGUUUAACCAAAAUUUUAUAACUUCCCACAAAUUUUGGCUGAAUAGACCCUUUAAAUAGUUUAUGUAUCAUGCAGCCUCUGUCUGGGUAACUAGGAAAUUUUGGAUCAUUGUGCAACUUACAGGAUGGCUUUUGUUCCAUGAGGGUACAUGAAGGAAUCACUUACUAAACUUAAGAAGUCGAAUGCAGGAAAGAUUUAAGGGGCAGAUCUUCAGCUCGGGUAAACUGGCAGAGUUCAGUGGAAGCUACUUUUAUGUCAGCUGUGGAUCUUGUCCUUCAGUGCUGAAGGCAUUUCCUAUACAUAAUUUUUUUCUGUCUUGACUGUAAAACAAUUUCAUAUGGUUAAACUGUAUUUUCCUAUAUUGUUCUGCAAGUUUAUAUGCACCACAGUGCUCAUCUCAUCUUCUGUAAAAUAAAAUGUACAGAGACACAUGGAGAAUGGAA